AUGUCAGAGUCUCCCGCUGAACCAAAGGCCCCAGUGGUUAUAGAGGCCCACCAGGUCGAUACUUUCCAUGUCCCGGAAGCAUUCCAUCACAACCAUCCCCAUGGACCGCACCUGAGGAAUAUGGAUGAGUACAACCGGCUCUAUCAAGAAUCCAUAAACGACCCCGACACGUUUUGGGCGCGCAUGGCGCGCGAGCUUAUCACAUUUGAUAAAGAUUUCGUCAAAACUCACAUUGGGUCUUUUGCUGGGGGGGAUAACGCAUGGUUUGUCGGUGGUCGCCUGAACGCUUCGUACAAUUGUGUCGACCGUCAUGCCAUGCAGAAUCCAGACAAGACGGCUAUAAUAUAUGAAGCAGACGAACCUGACCAGGGCCGGUAUAUCACCUACGGCGAGUUACUGAAGGAAGUCUGCCAGCUGGCUUGGGUUCUGAAGAGUCAGGGUGUUAAGAAAGGUGAUACUGUGGCAAUAUAUCUUCCUAUGAUUCCCGAAGCCAUCGUUGCGCUCCUAGCCUGUGCUCGCAUUGGUGCUAUUCAUUCUGUCGUCUUUGCAGGUUUCUCUUCCGAUUCCUUGCGCGACCGUGUUCUCGAUGCGCGAUCAAAGUUCGUUAUAACCGCCGAUGAGGGUAAACGUGGCGGAAAACUCAUCGGGACGAAGAAGAUAGUAGACGAGGCGUUGAAACAAUGCCCAGACGUUGUCAACUGCAUCGUCUUUAAAAGAACCGGCGCAGAUGUACCCUGGACCAAGGGCCGUGAUUUGUGGUGGCAUGAAGAAGUCGAAAAAUAUCCAAACUAUAUUCCUGUUGAGCCAAUGGAUUCUGAGGACCCUCUUUUCCUGCUAUAUACGUCCGGCUCGACUGGAAAACCCAAGGGGGUUAUGCAUACAACAGCUGGCUAUCUUGUAGGGGCAGCCGCCACUUGCAAAUACGUCUUCGAUGUUCACCGUGACGACCGUUUCUUUUGCGGCGGUGAUGUUGGAUGGAUUACAGGGCAUACAUAUGUUGUCUAUGCCCCGUUGCUUCUGGGAUGUGCCACUGUGGUCUUCGAAAGCACACCAGCAUACCCUAACUUUUCCCGUUACUGGGAUGUUAUUGAAAAGCAUAAGGUGACCCAGUUUUAUGUCGCACCAACUGCGUUGCGGCUUUUGAAACGUGCGGGCGACCAUCAUAUCAAUCACGAAAUGAAAGAUAUGCGCGUUCUGGGCUCUGUAGGCGAACCUAUCGCAGCUGAGGUCUGGAAGUGGUACCAUGAUGUUAUUGGAAAAAGACAAGCCCACGUGGUUGAUACAUACUGGCAAACCGAAACCGGCUCCCAUGUUAUCACUCCUCUCGCUGGCAUCACGCCAACUAAGCCAGGAAGUGCGUCGCUUCCAUUCUUUGGUAUUGACCCUGCUAUCCUUGAUCCCGUUACGGGCGUAGAGGUCCACGGAAAUGAUGUCGAGGGAAUUCUUGCCUUCAAGAAGCCAUGGCCAAGUAUGGCCCGCACUGUGUGGGGUGAUCAUAAACGAUAUAUGGACACUUAUUUCAAUGUCUAUAAAGGUUAUUAUUUCACCGGAGACGGCGCCGGGCGAGACCAUGAAGGCUAUUAUUGGAUUAGAGGACGCGUGGAUGAUGUUGUGAACGUGUCUGGUCAUCGCCUUUCGACUGCGGAGAUCGAAGCUGCUCUUAUCGAACACCACUCCGUUGCUGAAGCCGCUGUCGUUGGUAUUCCAGACCCAUUGACAGGACAGGCUGUGCAUGCUUUUGUUGCCUUGAAGAAUAGUAACGAGAACAAGGAACAACUUCGAAAAGAACUGGUAAUGCAGGUUCGUAAAUCGAUUGGCCCGUUUGCUGCUCCGAAGGUUGUGUUCGUGAUCGACGACCUUCCGAAGACACGUAGCGGCAAGAUCAUGAGACGGAUUUUGCGCAAGAUUUUAAGCGGCGAGGAAGAUAGCCUCGGCGACAUCUCAACGCUUUCUGAUCCCAGCGUGGUUUCUAAGAUUCUUGAUACCUAUCAUGAGUGGAAGAAAGUAGUUGACGCCGCCGCCUCUGCUGCUGCCACUGUAGCUUCCAAUACGGCCACCAACGCAGCAGCUGCGAUCUCAGCGAAAACAACAACCGCCGCUUGA